UUGUUGAUAAAUUAUUAAAAUUAACUUACCCUUCUGUAUAAUGGAAAAAGCAAGCAAUUUGCAAGUCAAAACAACUAGAAAGACAAGAAAAAUAUCUUUUAAUGCUCCUAAUAAGCACAACAGCAGCAAGAAUGUUAGGAAGAGAGGAGUUUCAUGGGCAAGAGAUUUAUGAGAAGUCAAAGAGAUUGAUGAUUAUAUGAGCCAAAGGAAAGUACCUUCCUCUAAGGGAUCUGAAAGCAACAUAUCAUCUCACAACUCAGAGGGACUACCAAAGAGUAUUUUAAAGAAAUAAAGAUUGAGCUUCAAAUCCAUUGAACAUGAAACACAAAAGAUCAUCAAGAUUUAAAGAACCAGAUCUGCAUCCAAGAAAAGCAAAGAGUAAAUUCUACCAAAGAAGCUCUCGUGGAAAGCCACCCAAAGGAGGCGGUAUUAAAUUAGUGAAAGCACAAAGAAAAACUUCAGUAGAACCCAAACGUAAGACUAGAAAACCAAAGAAAGGGUUUAAAAGCUCUGAUGCCUUAAUCAUCGAUGGUGAACUCGAUGAUUAUAAUAAUGAAAGUACCCAAAGCGUAUCAGAUGAUGAAGACACAAACCCAAAAGAGGAAAGCAAGAAGAAAGUAGAUGAGCUGUUUAUGAAUGCUUCGAGUAAAUCUAAAAACAUUUUGGAGAUGAUCUUCAAAACAGAUUACACCUCAAAGCCUACCUCAAAGACACCAAAACUUAAAAAGGGGUUUAAAUUAGAUGCUGAUCAUGUGGAGGAAAGACAGAAGAAAUAUUUCAAAGCAUAAAAUUAUUUAGAAUUGAUCGAGA